AUGAGGGUCUUCGGCAGACGUCCCAGCGUCGUCACCCUGAAGGACGACGACAACUCCACCAGCCGCACUCGCCUGGGCGGCUCCUCGUCCGACGGCCACCUGCCGACGGUGCUCACCAUUACCCGAAGUUACCGACGCUUCCUGCCAGUCAUUUCCGGUCCGUUCGCCGCCUUCUCCGAGCUUCGGCGCCGGCACCCGAGCCUGCUUCCGUGCCUCAUGUGCAUGGCCGUCGCCUGCGGUGGGCUUGCGCUCGCGAUGGUGCUCAUGCGCCAGCAGGUCAAGCUGGACGCCACGCUUCUCUCGUCCGCCAACGUCUGCGGCACCAAGGACUGCCGUGAACAGGCCGCCCGGAUCGCCAUGAACAUCGACGCCAAGCGGGACCCUUGCGAAGACCUGUACGCAUACACGUGCGGUGGCGCCAAAGCUUCAGAAUCGAAGAGGAGGAGCCUGAUGUCGUCGUACGUGGAAAGCGUGAAGGGCUUCAUUCAACGCGGCCUGGUUCCUGAGGAGCGUAAUAGUUCUGGCGCCGCGUACAAGGCCUAUUCCGCCUUUAACGCUUGUCUCUCGAGGCCCGCGGGGGGCGUCGACGCCGCCAAGCCGUUCGUGGAGUUCAUGAGCGCCCGCAAGAUACCGUGGCCCUCAAGCGCGCCCCUAGACGCAGACCCGCUGGACGUCCUCGUCGACCUGGCCGUCAACUGGAGGGUGCCGCUACUGUUCGACGUGCGCCUACUGUACACCGGACGCGAGAACUCGCUGGUGGUCGCCAUCGAUCAGACCGGGGACGUCGCCCUGCUCCGCAUGGAGCAGCUGUCCGCCAGCGGCCAAAGCGCCGGCGAGUACGACGACCUGCUGCGCAGCGUGGCCGGGUACCUCCGCCAGGGGACGUUGCUCUCCGACGAAGACUGUCGCCAGCUUCGACAGGACGAGAGCUCGGUCAGGAACAACGUGACGUCGAUCGCCCGGUCCGAGGAAGAGGAAGAAGUCGACGUCUUCGUAGCUUUUCUCAAUGAUAGCGUUUCGGAGACGGGCCCAACCUGGCUGACCCUCUUGCAGCGUCACCUGGGACGAGACGUUGAGCUGUCGCCCUCGACCAAGCUCCUGGCUCACAACGGGCGACACCUUCAUGCGGUCCUGACCCUGCUGGCCUCGGUGCCCCGCGACAGACUUCUGAACGUUAUCGGCUGGACGUUCGCCUACUCCUACUUGUGGCUCGUCCACCCGGAUUCGAACUACUUCCAGCCCGGCAGGGAGAGCGACGUUUUCGACGGCCAGGCGGCCUGCUUUCUGGCCGUCCAGGAGUCAUACGGCACGCUACUCGUGGCGCCGCAGUUCCUGGCCUACUUCCAUCAGCAGGCCGACAGGCAACGCCUCUUCGACAUGUUGAACGAGACCACGCAGGCCUUGGCGCGGGCCGUGCUGGCCUCGGGGAGCCUGGCGAACGCCACAAAGCGUUGGGCCGUCGAGAAGAUUCUGCACAGGACCAGGCGGGAGCUGUGGCCGCCGGAGCCGUUCUUCCACGCGGAACUGCUGGACGAACUGUACGAGGAAUUUCCUGCUACAGUGACGUCGUCCGAUUUGUUCAAGUCCCUGUUCGAGUCGCGGAGGGCCGCGCGCCGGAUUUUGCGGAACAGCUACUACGGCCGCCUGUUGACGGGCGGCGUACGGUGGCCCGCGAGAGAAGUGCGGUACUGGUACGGCGGCGACCUGCUCCGAGUCGGUCUGUCGGCGCUCUUCCCGCCUUCCUAUUACCGCGACGACGCGGGCGUGUCGGCCUACAGCGGCCUGGGCUUCCAGAUCGCCAGGGCGCUGGUCAGAACGGUGGACGAGCGCGGUCGCACCACGGACGGCACCGCGAGGGUCUUGUGGAAGCAGGUGGUCGCGAAUUGUCGCCUGGACUCGGCCAGCACGAGUCGCGAGAGGGACGCCGUGGCUCGCCUGUUCGCACUGGACGUUGCCCUGGCCGCGCUCAGGAGCAACGCCCAGAACCGGCUUGAAGGGCUCGAGGGCCUCGAGCAGCUGACAGGUCUGCAGACGUUCUACGUCAACUUCUGCGGCAAAUUUUGUGGUCAUCGUCACGGCGCGGAGCUCUGCAACGUGGCGAUGAACGCAAGUGAAUUCGGCGACGCCUUUGAGUGCCCAGCGGUGCCGUCGCUUAGUAAAGACCGACGGUGUCUCUUCAUUUGA